AUGAUACUAAUUAUAGAACUUGACUUGAGAAAUGUAAACGUCUAGGAUUUAUUGGAUGACAAUAAGCUGAAUAAUAUCUUAGCUGGAAAUGGCAAUUUGAACAGCUAUUAAUAGCAGAAUUAUAAUGCGAAUUAGUAUCAGAAUCAGCAAAAUGUGGGAGGUAGAAUCAAUUCCCAAAGAUAAUUAGGGUAAUAGCAGCAGCAAUAACUAGCAAAUUACCCAUUAAUGUAAUAAUAGCAGAACUACAUAGGCAACAAUAACUCCUAACAGCAGCCAAUCUAAAUACCUAAGUCAAGUCUAUCUUAAUAGUAAUAUUAACAGCAAGUAAGAAAUAUGUAAUCGUAACAAGAAUUAAGAGAUGCUGCUCAAGACUUUAGAGUACCCCCAAGGCCAAAGAAGUAAAAAAAGGAUAAAUUAAAAAAUACUUAGAAAAAUAUUGCUGAUAUCCCCAAGCCCCCAUCUCAAAAUUAGAAUAAUAAAAGAAACCCACAAGUCUAUUAAUCUUAGCAGCCGCCAAAGAACAGUAACAAUGGAAAUAUGGAUCAAUAGUAGAUUAAUGAGAAGCCAAUAUAUUUCUUGGGGGCUGAUAUGAACGAAAAAGAUCCAAACUUUGACCCAGCUGUACAAGAGGACUUGAUAGAUGAUGAAACAUUGAAGAAAAUUGAGGAAUUCAAGUAGAAAUACCUUGAAAUGAAGAGUAAAGCUGAGGAUGCAGAGUAGGAUUUGGCUUACUCUGCUAUAAAAGUUGAUGAGAUAGUUCAAAAAAUAAAGGACCUUGAAGCGAAGAAAAAUGAAUUCAAAGAUGAGCUUGUGAAUGAGACUAGAUAAAAUGCAGAGUUGAGAAGAAAAUUAGCUGACUUAGAAGAUGAUAAGAUCACACUAGAGCAGUAAUUAGAAACAGGCUUUAAGCCUUCUCGUGUGACUAAGUUAAAAGAGGUUAAUCUUUAGAAGCAUAAGCAAUUGAUGGAGGAGAAAGCUAGACGUGAAAGAGAGUCAAUGAAGAAAUAGGUGCUGAUUGGUAUUGAUUUUGUGGGCUAGAAAGAUGAUCUCAAGGUACUGAUUGCAUCAUAAAAAGGAAAGUGCAGGGCUUGUUUUGAAAGACUUAAAUUGAUGAUUCAUAAACUUACACCUUUGCUUAAAGACAUCACCAAUAUAUCACUGUUCGUACUUAUUGGUAUUUUUAUGUGCCUGUUCAAGUGGGUUCAAUUCGAUUUAAUAAAGAAAGAGAGAAGCUUGUAUGAAGAUUCCAAGAAAAAGUUCUCGAGGCUAUUCUUUAAUAUGUGGGAUUGGUCUACUAAUAAUAACUAUGAGAGUCAUCAAUUGAGAAAUGCAGUUCGGUUGGAUAUAAAGAUUCAUUUAGAUGAAGAUAAAAUCAAAGAGCACAUCAAGAAGAGAAAGCCAUUUGAAACCACUAAACUUUUCAUAAGAAGAAUCAUUACACUUGCCAUUUCAGUUCUGAUUUUGAUCACUGGUUGGGGUUUAAUCGUAAUGGUCAAUCUCUAUGAUGAUGACAUUACUGCAUAUAUUAAAGGCUUCAAUAUUAUCAAGUAUAUAGCCUCGUUCUUUUCAUCUGUGUGCCUCUCUAUUAUAAAUAUAGUAGUACCUAUCAUGAUUAAAAAGAUUACCAACUUAGAAGCUUGGGAUUUUCAAGAUUAAUUGAUUAAACAAUAAGUUUGGAGGAUGUAUCUGGCAAAGAUUAUCAAUUUUUCGAUUUUUGUUAGUAUAAAUCUGGAGUUGGUUUCAUCAACUACUUGGUUUAGAAAUACUUCAGUUACUAAUUUUAACGAGAAUGGACAGAAUUUCGAUUGUAAAGAAGACCAACUUAUUACUGAACUUGUUUUGAAAAUGAUCAUUCCCUUUUUAAAAGCACUUGGUGAAAGAUUUUACUUUGGUUUAAUGAAAGGGAGAAGAUAAUGGCAGCCUGAAUACCUUCUCUCAGAUGAUAUUGUGUGGCUUCUCUAUUUCUAAGCAAUUAUAUGGGUCACCUUGAUUUAUUAUCCAUUUAUUGCUCUUGUUACUCCUAUAAUCCUGUAUGUGAUGUUUAAGCAUUGCUAUUUUGUUUUGAGAAAGUUUAAAUCUAAGCCAAAGAAGUCUUCAAAUGCCAAUCGGAGUGAUAGUCUUGUUUAUGGCAAUGGGCAUCUAGCAUUAACAGUGGAUAAGUGUAAUAAUAUUGCUAUUUUUGAUAAUAAUUAGGAUUCAAAGCAACUGUGUGGACCAUAUCCUUCAGGAAUAUAUGGAUAAUACAGUAUAGAAUAGUAGAUAAAUAGAAGUGAAAUAGCUAGCUAUAUCUAUGAAAUUGUGAAAUUUUAUCCAUUCCUUUGGCUUGGUGGAAUAUUGCUUUUGACUUUGAUGCUUUUCAAAAGAAAUCAUUCAAAUUUACUUAAAGAUUUUGUCGCAAAUAAAGAUUAUGUACGAUUAUUUGUGAUUAUUAAACUUGAUAAUUUAGGAAUACUAAUUGUAAAUCGAAGAGUUGCAAAAAAGUAUAACUAAACUCCAAAGGAAGAUUGA